AUGUCUACGCUCUUUGGACAAACGGCCGCGGCCGCUACCACCACGAGCACAACAGGAGAUCUCUCAAAAGAUGUCGCUUUAGUGCAACCCCCCGAGGACAGCACAUCUCAUCUCGCAUUCUCUCCGCAGGGCGACUUCCUAGCGGUCUCAUCAUGGGACAAAAAGGUCCGGAUAUACCAGGUGAACGAGCAAGGGCAGAGCGAAGGCAAAGCCGCUAUGGAUUUUGACGCCCCAGUUCUGGGAUGUGCGUGGUCAGAGGACGGUCAAAAGGUCGCAGGCUGCGGCGCCGACAAGACCUUCCGACUCCUUGACCUGGGAUCAGGAAACAUGACUCCACAAUCCCUAGUGGCCCACGAACAGCCCGUUCGAGCGUGUCGCUUCGCUACCAUCAAUAACUCUCCCAUCCUCAUUACCGGCUCAUGGGAUCGAACAGUCAAGUACUGGGAUCUUCGGACCCCGAACCCCGUCGCAACAUUACAGUGUCAAGAGCGAGUCUACACGAUGGACGUCAAAAACAAACUUUUGGUUAUUGGCACUGCAGACAGAUACAUCAAUAUCGUCGACCUCAACUCUCCCGAGAAAUUUUACAAGUCCGUACAGUCGCCACUGAAAUUCCAGACGAGAGUGGUCAGUUGUUUUACGGACGCCACCGGCUUCGCCGUGGGCAGUAUCGAGGGCAGAUGUGCAAUCCAAUAUGUGGAAGAAAAAGCUGCCGACAACAACUUCAGCUUCAAAUGCCACCGUGACACACCUGCCACCACAGGCCCGAACCGCGACGUCGCGAAUGUCUAUGCUGUCAACGCCAUCUCCUUUCACCCUGUACAUGGUACAUUCUCAACAGCAGGCAGUGACGGAACUUUCCACUUCUGGGACGGUAAUGCGAAGCACCGACUGAAAGGCUACCCGGCAGUGGGUGCUCCAAUCACAGCAACAGCAUUCAACAGGCAAGGCACGGUGUUUGCCUAUGCGGUGUGCUACGAUUGGAGUCAAGGUUAUCAAAAGAACACACCUCAGACCCCAAAUAAGAUUAUGCUGCAUGGCGUGCAGCCGGAAGAGGUUAAACCCCGACCUGGGGGAAAGAAGAGAUGA